AAACAGUAGUGAUUUCAUACAAAAACACAAAUCAGCCGGUUAUUAAUUUCAAUAGCAUUGCAAUCAACAAAUCAAACAAAAAAGUAAAUCCUAAUAAUGACAGUAUUAGACGUGAUCCGGACUAUUGCCAACGUGGGGAACGGCACUAUCAUUGGAGUGCUAUUUGGUUCGGCAUCAUACCUGUGCUACGAUACCUUUUCCAAACUGGAUCAGCCCUAUAGACAGGCAAACUUUUACGGCUUCUGUAGCAUAGUGUUUGUGAUGGCAACUGCCGGUGCCAUCGCUGAGAUCUAUUACAUGCAUAAUCAGGAGCACUGGAAUCGUGUCCGUUAUGUCCGACACACCGACGGAUCCAUUGAGAUCGUGGGCGAAGAGGAUAAGGUCCUCGACCUCAUCAACAAAGAGCUCUGA